AUGCUCCGCAACACUCUCAUGUCUACAUCUGACGCGCUCGUGCUCUUUGAUGUUGGAGCAGGUCAAGUUCAAGGAAGUAGGAAGUCCCAGGAAGACCGUUAUACGAUAAUCUUGCCGGAGCACUUCCCCACAAAAACAGAUGGCAAUCUUGCAUUCUUUGCAAUAUACGACGGACAUGGCUCUAGCCUCGUUGCGGACCAUGCAAGUAAGAACUUGCAUAAUCUACUUGCCCAACGACCUGAGCUCCAGCGAGGGGACUAUGAUGCCGCAAUGAAGGCCGCACUGGCCGAUGAAGAUGGCGUGCUGCUGGAAAAUUUCAUGCGCGAAUCCGUCGAGCCCGCUGUGUCCGGAUCAACAGUGGCGGUGUGUUUGAUCAAUUUGACCACGGGGGAGCUGGUGGUCUCCAAUCUAGGCGACUCGCAUGUUAUUCUUGCCGAACGGGAUCCCAAGACGGAGUAUCCCUAUCACAUUCGUCGCCUCACACAAGCACACAAGCCCGAAGUGCCUAGCGAGGAAGCUCGUAUCAGAGAGGCUGGAGGUACCGUGGAAAAACGGAACGGAAUCACUCGGCUCGGAUCCCUGAACAUGUCCCGCGCGCUGGGCGACCUGCAGUACAAGAACCCGGUGAACGCCGUGGAAGACCAGAAUUUGACGACUCGAGCACGGCGCGCCUCGUCGUCAUCGGCGUCGGUGUGUGGGAAUUUCUUAUCCAACGAUCCCUUCACCUCGCGACGUAUCCUGCAGUCCAAUCGACGGUACCUGCUCGUUAUCGUAUCGGAUGGGGUGAGCGACCUCACUGAUGAUACGGCCUUGAUCCAGCACGUGAUGAAGCUGUCGAUGCGGGGAAUGCGAGCCAAUGAUAUUGCACAGGAGGUGGUCAGUAGCACGGCGAGUCGUCCUAAGAGUGAUAAUGCUACGUGUGUGGUUGCGAUGUUAGACGGGCAGUAUUCGUGA